GUACUUGUCACCGGCUGCUUUUGAUCGAUAGCUCCAAACACGAAUUACAUCAGCUCAAACUCAAAGACAGACACUACUUUACUUGUAGGCUUAUAAGAUGAGUUGCAGGGGAACGGUUCACGAUAACAACCGAUUGAUGGACAUGUCAAAGGACAAUCCAGGUGGAGUCGAUCAUAAGGACCUUGAGUCUCAGCAAACAGUGUCAAAAGAGCUUGAACUGGUGCCCAUUGAUCCUAACCGCCGCUGGCGUACGAUAGUGCUGAUCCUUCAGGCACGCCAUAUUUUCAUCACCUUAGCAGCUGCUAAAAAUCCUGAACUUGGAUCUCUUACAGGAGACUUGGAAGUAACUAUAACCCCUAAUCCUACACCACCUGAAGGGGUUACCGCCAAUGUAUAUUCCGACAACCCCAAUGACAGUGAAUAUCAGCUCCAGUUUGCCACCAUUUCCAACAUCAUAAAGACAAAGGAUUUAACAUCCUUACAUGACUUUGGAGGUGCCCAAGCAUUUGCAGAGGCUCUCGGUAGUGAUUUGGAGACUGGGAUCCCCACCAACGAUGAAGCUACUUGUUGUCGGCUCAAAUCCACCACAAAUUCCACUACUCCUGAACAGGCUGCUGCAAGAGGCUUCAUUCAGCUAGCCAAAAUAUAUUGCAACAGUUACAUGAUUCUCUUGCUUUUUGUGGCUGCUGUGCUCUCACUUUGCUUUGGAAUCGUGGAGGAAGGCCCGAUGACUGGUUGGUUUGAAGGGGCCAUCAUACUUGAUGCCAUUAUCAUGCUCGUGGUUCUUCCUUCCAUACGUGAUUAUUGGCGGGAGUCUAAAGGGUUGUCCGGGAGGCAAAAACUGUUGGAGAACACAGAUGAAGUGGAGGUUGAGGUCUUAAGAGGCGGAAAUGAGGAGAAGAUCUCCUCAUCAGAUAUUUUGUUUGGUGACAUCGUGUGGUUGAAGAGAGGACAUCAGGUUCCUGCUGAUGGUUUAUUCAUAUCAGGUGGUUUCGUAGUCUUGGAUGAUCAAUUAGGGGCAGUAGUUGAUGCCGAUAACCCUUUUCUCUUCUAUGGAGCGGAAGUGAUAGAUGGCAAUGGUCGCAUGCUUGUGACAUCUGUGGGUGUAAACACAGUGUGGGGUGACAUGAUGAGCAGCAUAAACCAUUUGAAGAAGACACCAUUAGAGGCACAACUUGACAGGGUGAACACUUGUAUGCAGAUCAUUGGUCUCCUAAUCUCUAUCCUGAUCCUUGUGGUGUUGUUCUUGCGUUUUGAACUCAAAAAAGAACUGCACACCGGGGCAUCCAUGGAUCUAAGGGGAGAGCCAACUAAAAUGAACAUGUUUAUGGAUGCCAUCAAGAAAAUUGUCAUGAAACCAAGCGGAAAGAUUAGUAUCUUGACAACUUCUCUUACGGUGAUGCUGGUUGGGAUAGUAGAAGGGUUACCUUUCUGUAUCAACCUUGCCAUCAUUUACUGGAACAGGAAGGCUUUGAAUGGGAUGGCCUCUCUUCAACAUCUGUUGGCCUGUGUCACCAUGGCUUCUGUUACAUCUAUCUGCACAGACAAAAACGGUGGGCUAACAUUGGAUUCAAUGGAAGUUGACAUGUGCUGGAUUGGCGAACAAGUUAUGGCUGAAAAUUCUGUUAUAGCCUCAAAUGUCCUCGAAGCUUUUCGUGAUGGAAUCAGCAUGCUCCUUCUCUCGCAGCCUCCUCCUUAUACCUCAAUAGAAGACCCUGUCAUUUCCUGGGCGGCACUGAAGUUGGGCAUGGAAUUGGAAAUUGUGAGGCAGAGUAAUACCAUUGUCGAGGAUAAGGAAUUGACCACUGAUCAGGAAGGAAGAGGAGCAAUGAUGCGGAAGAACAGAGACAGUGAAAGAGAAAGAAUGUACUUGCAUUGCAGAGGACCUGCUACAAGUAUUUUGCCCAUUUGUUCACACUACCAUGACUGUAAAGGGAUGAUCAACGUCAUCGAAGAACGAAACAGGGUGACUUUUCAUAGAAAUGUCGAGGAUAUGCAGUCCAAGCAUCUUAAAACCAUGGCAUUUGCGUACAAGGAAAUUGAUGUCCCAACAAUGGAAGAAAGAGAUCUGAUAUUGCUGGGACUGGUUGGUCUGAAGUCAUGUUUGGAAAAGAUGAGGGAAUCAAUCAGAGCCAUAAGAAACGCUGGAGUCAAUAUCAUACUGGUUUCCGGAGAUGAUGUGCAGACACUAGUGAGCAUAGCUGAGCAUUUCAGAAUUCAGGGGGUGCCGAUUUCAAAUGAAAUGGUGACCACAGGUGAAAAGUUCAGGAAUUGCAGUGAUGAAGACAGGAUGAAGAUGGUAAGUGAAAUUUCAGUGAUGGGAAACUCACUCCCCUCCGACAAGCUUCUUCUGGUUAAGUGUUUGAAGCAAAAAGGGGAAACAGUAGCAGUCAUUGGAGUUAAAACGAAUGAGGCUCCUGCACUGAAAGAAGCUGAUGUUGGACUUACAAUGGGAAUAUGGACCACCAAAAUGGCUAAAGCGAGUUCAGACAUCAUCCUAAGGGUUGCAGAUAUCAGUUGCCUGGUAAGUAUCCUCAGGCAUGGAAGAUGUGCUUAUUACAACAUUCAAAAGUACAUCCAACUUGAGCUUACCAUAGUAGCCGCAGGGCUUCUAGUAACAUUUAUCAUAGCAGCAUCUACAGGAAAUAUGCCCAUAACAAGUAUCCAAUUGUUCUGGGUAAAUUUGGUAGUGCCAAUGCUGGGCGGCCUGGCUCUAUUGACAGAGCUCCCAAGAAAGAAGUUAAUGGAGAAAUCACAAUCUGGACAAACCAAAGCAAUUAUUACCAUGGCCAUGUGCAGAAAUAUAAUAAUCCAAGCUUCAUAUCAAGCUGUUACUAUAGUCACCUUCCAUUUCAAAGGACAAGCAAUCUUGGGUGUUGAUGAAAAGGUCCGCAAGACUAUCAUCUUCAAUAGUUUUGUCAUCUGCCAGAUUUUUAACAAGUUCAGUGCGAGAGAGCUGGUAAAGAAAAAUGUGUUUAAGGCGAUCCACAAGAACCAAUGGUUUUGGGUGGCUUUGGCUGCAAUCCUAGUGCUACAGCUGAGUUUUAUUGAGAUUUCACAUGUGGUUGCUGGUGAUGCAAGGCUGAGCUUGGUGCACUGGGGUUUCUGCCUUCUUAUUGGGAUUGUUUCGCUAGGGAUGGAUAUAGCUGCAAAGGGCAUAUAUGAUUACAUAUCAUCUUUCGUCGAGUGAAUAAUGGGGUGCACAUUCAAAUAUUAACUGAUCAGAUCACGUUCUCUCUUAUCUAUACUUCCAAUCUUAAGCUGUUUAGAUCAACUAGCUAUACUAGGUUAUGCCUCUAUCUACUGUCAGUGUAAGGCUGUUUUCUAUACUUCAAAUCUUAAGCUGCUACCACCUAAGCUAGAUAGGAAGUUAUUGGCAUCCGAGUGAAGGCUCUGCAAAAGCACCAUCACUAGGCAGAUGUUCUAUAUAUACUUGUACUUUUGUUUGUUUGGUUGGUUUUUUUCCUUAUCAUUUCACAGAUAUUGUUUUACCAAUUACCAAGAAGAAAACGAUACUGUGAAAUUGAGAAAGUUGUAUAUAUCAUGACACCACCACAAACAUAUAGAUUGAAUGCAAGACCGCAAGAGUAAACAAAAUGCUGAAGUAAAUACUAUAAACGGGACUUCUAACAAAUUAUGACACUAAGCUGCAAGGGAAAACUCAAAAAAGUACAUACCAGUGCAAUAAGAAUAGCAUGGCCGCUAAUAAUAUCCACGCUGACAAUGCCUUCACGACUCUCAGCACAAUAAGAGCAGUUCAGUUCAGCUCUUCUGAGCAAACAUGGUAGUCCUUUGUAGGUGGACGAGUUGUAAUGA